GGCGAGGAUUGCGUGGUCAGGACGGCUACUGAGGGGACCUUGGGGAACAGCGGUCUGAUGUUUUUUUGCGUUGCGUUGAGCUUGGGGUUGCAGGGUUGGGACGGGCAAUGCAGACUAAGGCACUCGGCCCAUUCCUGGCCAACCACCAUCGCCGCCCCUCAACCAGGGGUAAACCAGCAGCUGUCGACGGGCCCCGCGACAACGGAGAGGGCCUCAACGAGGGCAGAGAAGAGAAGAGAGUGUCGGGACGGCUCAACACGCCCUCAGGCCAGCACCACACACGCGCUCAGCAGCCUCAGCAGCCUCGAUUGCCCCUGCCCGCACUCCGAGACGCAAUUAACCACACACACACACACACACACACACACGGCUCCCCAGUUUACACCGCUCGGAGGUUGUGGCUUAGCGCGGCGCCCAACAACGCAAUAGUCGAGCAGGGACCUCAACACCGCCAAAAGAAUACACUGCAGCUCCCAAAACUUCGGGAACAUUCGCAGCUCUCCUCCUCGCAACCUUCUCCUCUUCCAUCCAAGCCCUCUGCUCUGCCCCCCAGCCCCGGCAUUGCAUCCAUAAGGUCAGUCUCCCUCUUGCUCCUGCUCCUGCUCCUGCCUCGUCGACGUCCAUCCCACCUGCCGCCCAUCUCGCGUGCCAGCCCACCCAGCUCCACCCACUUUUUUCCGCUGCCGCUUUUCGCAGCCCUCACGUCAGCCAGCACCAACAACCCUACGUCCAGCACAACCACGCUGUGCGAGAUUCUGAGCCAAGCUGACGCCUUUGCGCACAUAGACCCUUCUCUGCCAAAUUCCCAGUUCCCGACCGUCAAUUGACGCACAGCUGGCCACGAUGCCCUCCGCAGCGCCCGUCAACGGCACUACGCCCCAG